AUGGCAAAAACACCUCUGUUUCUUCUCAGUAUAUUGACCCUUCUAGCCUCAAACUCCAUACAAUCUUAUUCUCAGCGAGAUGAGUUUUUCUUUGCAGGAUUCAAUGAAGCUACCACCAACAUAACCUUAAACGGAGGUGCAGUGAUUGAACACAAAGGCACACUUCGUUUAACAAACGACACUGAAAGAGUAAUUGGUCAUGCUUUCUAUUCAACCCCAAUCAACUUCAAAAACAAAAACAACUCAACCAACCACAAACACAGAGUUUUCUCCUUUUCAACUUCUUUUGCUUUUGCAAUAAUCCCUCAAUACCCAAAACUAGGAGGUCAUGGCUUCGCUUUCACCGUUUCUCCUUCCAAUAAACUCUCCAAUGGCUAUCCUAGUCAGUACUUAGGCCUUCUCAACCCAAAAGAUUUAGGCAACUUCUCAAACCACAUAUUCGCAGUUGAAUUCGACACGGUACAAGAUUUCGAAUUCAAUGACAUCAAUGACAACCAUGUUGGUAUCAACCUGAACAACAUGGUAUCAAAUAAAUCAGUCAAAGCAUGUUUUUUUACUGAUGGGUCAAUGAAUACACAAGUUCAAGACCUCAAUUUGAAGAGUGGUAGUGUAAUUCAAGCAUGGAUCGAUUACGAUUCCUCAAUGAAUCAACUUGAAGUUAGACUCUCUCCAUUUUCAUCAAAACCCAUUUCACCAAUCUUAUCAUACCAAGUAGAUCUAACACCGAUUUUCAAAGAAACUAUGUAUGUUGGGUUUUCUUCUUCAACAGGGUUACUCUCUAGCACACACUAUAUCUUAGGUUGGAGCUUAAAAAUCAAUGGAGAAUCGAAAACACUAUCUUUGAACAAUCUUCCUUCACUCUCUUCACAGUCCAACAAAACUACUCAAACUGGAAAAGCCACAAUCUUGGGUCUCUCUAUUUCAUUUGUGAUUCUAAUAGUCAUAACAAUUGGUUUAUCUCUCUACUUUAAGAUGAGAAACGAUGAUGUUAUAGAACCUUGGGAACUGGAAGUGGGUCCACAUAGAUUCCCUUACAAAGAACUGAAUCAAGCAACAGGAGGAUUCAAGGACAAGAACCUAAUUGGAUUUGGAGGUUUUGGUCGAGUUUACAAAGGGGUGUUAGUGUUACCAAAUUCCAAAACAGAAAUCGCUGUGAAACAAAUCUCCCAUGAAUCAAAACAAGGGUUACAAGAGUUCAUCUCGGAGAUCGAAACCAUUGGUAAACUCCGACAUAGGAACCUAGUAGAGUUACUAGGUUGGUGUCGGAAGGGUAAUGAUUUGAUAUUGGUUUAUGAUUUUAUGAAAAAUGGGAGUUUGGAUAAGUAUAUAUUUGAAGAACCGAGAGGAGUGUUGAAAUGGGAAGAGAGGUUUAGGAUCGUAAAAGGUGUGGCAUUGGGGUUGGUUUAUUUGCAUGAGGAAUGUGAACAGACGGUGAUUCAUAGAGAUGUGAAAGCUGGGAAUGUGCUUUUGGAUUGUGAGAUGAAUGCGAGGUUGGGUGAUUUUGGUUUGGCGAAGCUUUAUGAUCGUGGUGAGAAUCCGAACACAACAAGGGUGGUUGGGACUUUGGGGUAUUUAGCGCCGGAGUUAACGAGGACGGGGAAGCCGACGAAGAGGUCUGAUGUGUUUGCGUUUGGUGCGUUGUUGUUGGAGGUGGUUUGUGGGAGGAGGCCUAUAGAGGCGAAGGCGUUGCCGGAGGAGCUGGUUUUGGUGGAUUGGGUUUGGGAUAGGUGGAGGUUGGGGGUGGUGGAGGAGGUUGUGGAUUGUAAGAUGGGUGGGGUUUAUGAUAUGGAGGAGGUUUUGUUGGUGGUCAAGGUGGGUUUGAUGUGUUCGGAGGAGACGCCGGAGAGGAGGCCGACGAUGAGGCAGGUGGUUGGGUAUUUAGAGGGGGAAGUGACGUUGCCGGAGCUUGAUGGGUUUGGGGUGAAAAAGAAGGAUUUUUUGUAUACGACGUCGUCGGUCGGUGAUGACGUGGACGGUGGGUAUGUUUCGUCUUUUACACUUUCUGGUAGCCGGUAG